AUGGCUUUGCCUUCGCGAAUGCGAAGGCAAUUUUCCUGUCCAGCCGCUUUCCCUUCGCGAACGCGAGGCUUCGAUCGCGAACGUGAAGCUUCACACCUCAAGCCUUCACGAACGCGUUCACUCUGUCGCAAACAUGAAGCACAAAAUAUGCCAGCCCCAAUUUGCUCUUCGCGAAGGGAGACACGCCUCGCGAACGCGAAGAAGGAAGCCAUAAGCAGAGGAUCAAGCAAAGAUGAACGCGGUGGAAGUUCCCUGCCUGUUCAACGAAGCACAACAGGCGUUAAAUCGGCCUUGGUGCUUCAUCAUGAGAUGUUUCUUCGAUAUCGGGAAGAGUUAAAUCAUCAUGAGGCCGAGUCUCGAGAGCUCACUGAGAAGAGGGAUGCUUACAAACUUCUUAGUGAGAAACUCCAGGCUGAACUAGAGGCAGCUCGAAAGGAGCAUGCUGACCUGGUUGAGCAGGUAAGAAGAGUAUUUAAGGUUAGUGAUGAUGAGUCAGAUAAGGUGGCUAAUGGUCCGUACCCGCAUGUCCAAAAGAAACUUGAUCAGAUUGAUCAACUCCAGGCGGAGGUGGAUGCGGUAAAGGCCGAGGCCGAAGAAUGGAAAAGAAACAUGGACUGCUUGGCCUCGGAAAAGGAGGCUGCCCUAGCACAGCUGGCUUCGGCUGAGGCCCAGCUUCGAGCUGCGAAGGAAAUGUCCUUGGCGCAGGCCAAAAUGAUCGAGGAGCUUCAAUCUCAGCUAAAUUCAGUUGUUUUCGAUCGAGAAAGCCUAGACAAAGAGCUCGAGAAGGCCAAGUCGGAGGCCAAGGUAGUUAAAGUCGACGCCGACGAGAUGGUGGUCGUUUAUAAGGCCGAUGCUGAGGUGGCUCAGGUUCGAGCAAAGGAUAUCAUCGAGCACGCGAAAUGGCAAUCUCGAAGGGAGGACCUUGAGGAAAUUCAUGCUCGGGGUGUUGACUUAUCGGCUGAGAUUGAGAAUGCCAAAGAGCUUGAAGCCGAGGCAAAAAAACUGGCCUUUCCCGAAGAUGCUGAAAGUUCUGAGGAUUUGGGCGAGUCCGAGGAAGACGUGGACCCCGAAGGUGAUGAUGUGGCUCCCGGCGAAGACUAG